AUGUGGAAAUUUUCAACGAAUAAUGAAUUUUCAAUGUGAGUUCAAUAAACAAAUUUUUAAAUAAAAUUUCAAAAUGUUUUUAGAUCAUUUAUAGAACAUCAAAUGCCUUUGGAUCAAAUAUCACAAAGAUAUUCUGAUUCAAAUAUUAAUUUUUAUGAUGUUAGUAAGAGUAAAGGACUAUCGGAUGAUUUAGCAGAACAAAAAACAAAGGUGAGGGAAACCAUAAUAAAAACAUAAAUUCAAAAUAAAAUCAAUAAAUUAUUGAAGACCAGUGGCCGUAAUGAACUGUCUCCACCAAAAAUAAUUUCAAAUUGGCAAUUAUUUUUGCGCCAAUUCCAAAAUCUUCUAUGGCUUUUGAUGUUUGGUGCAGCUGCUCUUUGUUUUCUUACCUACGCUUAUGAUCCAACUGAUAUGCUCAAUUUAUAUGUUGGAAUAUUUAUUGUUGCAAUCGUAUUUUUAAUGUGUUUGCUAUCAUAUUUUCAAGAGAAGAAAGGAAUUGAAGUGGUUCAAGCUUUUCAAAAUUUAAUUCCAAAGAAAUGUAAUGUAAUUCGAAAUGGAAUUGAAGUUGUAAGAAAUUCGAAAGAAUUAGUAGUUGGAGAUAUUGUGAUUGUUCGAAGUGGAAAUCGAGUGCCUGCUGAUAUUCGUAUUCUUUCUUGUAAUGAUUUUUUUGUUGAAUCGAGUUCUGUGACGGGGGAAGCUGAACCAUUGGAGCAUAAUUCAGAAACGGCUGAUGUAAAUAAUAAAUUCAUUGUGUUUUUUAAUCGAACCAUAUUUUUCCAGCCAGGAAUCACAAUAUUCGAAUCCUACAAUAUUGCAUUCAAUGGUUCAUUUUGUGUUGAUGGAGAAGGAUAUGGAUUAGUUAUUCGAAUUGGAGAACAAACUGUUAUUGGACAAAUUGCUUCACUUACAACAAAUCAAAUUGAAACCAAAAAUAGAUUUCGAAUUGAAAUUGAAAGAUUCGUGAAAUUUAUUUCGUUAAUGGCAUUGACUAUGAGCACAAUUAUUUUUGGAGUUGGCCUCAUUGUUUCUGGAGGUAUCCACUUAUUUCAAAUGUCUUAUUAUUUUUUUUAUAAUUUUCAGGAACAAAUGUUGUGAGAUUAUUUGUAACUGGAUUUCUGAUUGUUAUUAUUGCAAAUGUUCCGCAAGGAUUGCCAACAACAAUUUCAACUCAAUUAACAAUUAUUGCACGAAGACUAGCAAACAAAAAUAUUUAUUUGAAAAAGUUGGAAAAAAUUGAUAGCCUUGGGGCAACUACAGUAAUUUGUACUGAUAAAACAGGAACAUUGACAGAAAAUCGAUUGACUGUUACUGAUUUAUGGAUAAAAGAUGGGAAUAUUUAUAAAAAUACACUUCGACAAACAUGUGUGAAGAAAAAUCAAAGAUUUAUCGAGGAUGAUAUACUUGAUACAAUAUUUGUCUGUAAUAAAAGUCAAAAUGGAAUCGGAAAUCCAUUGGAUGUUGCAUUGAUAAAAUAUGCGAAUCAAAUGGCAAUUAAUUCAAAAGAUAUUUAUAACAAGAUUAUCGAAAUUCCUUUCAAUCCAGUUCGAAAAUAUCAAGCUGUUUUAGUCACAAAAUGCAAAGAUCUCAAUGAUAAAAUUGAUGUGGAAUUCAUUUUGAUGAUAAAAGGAGCACCAGAAAUAUUACUGAAAAAUUGUUCGGAAGAUAUUUCAAUGUAUUCUGAAUAUCAAAGCGCAUAUGAUACAUUUGGAGAAGAAGGAAAACGUGUUAUUGGAUUUGCGAUUAAAAAGUUUAGAGCAAAAGCUUCAACUCAGUUUCGAAAAAAUGAUGACAUUUUUCUUGGUGGAUGGGAUUUCUCUGGAUUAUUAGCUGUGUGUGAUCCAUUGAGAGAAGAUGCAAUUAAUUCGAUUCAAAAAUGUAGUCAAGCUGGAAUUAAAGUUUUUAUGACAACAGGAGAUCAUGCAAUAACUGCGACAGCAAUUGCUAUACAACUUGGAAUGAAUUCUAAUAAUACUGAAUUGAAAGUCAUAACAGGCCCAGAAUUGGCUGGAUUACAAUCAAACGAAUGGGAUGCAUUAUUGGAACAUCGAUAUAUUGUAUUUGCAAGAACAACACCAGAUCAUAAAUUAUUAAUUGUAACAGAAUGUCAAAAAAGAGGAGAAUGUGUUACUGUAACUGGAGAUGGAGUAAAUGAUGCACCGGCUUUGAAAAAAGCAGAUGUUGGUGUUGCAAUGGGAAUUGCUGGAAGUGAUGUUGCAAAACAAGCUGCUGAUAUUAUUUUACUCGAUGAUAAUUUUUCAUCAAUUGUUGCUGGAAUUGAAGAAGGUCGACUUCUUUUUGAUAAUCUUCGAAAAACAAUUGCAUAUACAAUGACUCAUAUGUGGCCUGAACUUGUUCCAGUUAUGCUUAAUUUCUUCUUUGGUUUCCCAUUAGGAUUAACACCAGUUCAAAUUUUAUCAAUUGAUCUUAUAACUGAUGUUCCUCCAGCAAUAUCUUUGGCAUACGAAGGACCAGAAGAUGGAAUAAUGCAAAGAUCACCAAGAAAAUCACAUUUGUUUACAAGAGGGCUUUUCAAUUAUACCUAUUUAAGUAUAUCAUUAUUUAUUUCAAUCGGAGGAAUAAUUUCAUAUCUUCUAACAUAUUGGCUGAAUGGAAUCGAACCAUCAGAAUUAUUCGGAAGUUCACAUAAAUAUUUCAAACAAGGUUCACAUAAUAUGAAUCUAACAAGUGGAAUAAUAUUAACCGAUGAUGAACAGAUAAAUAUUGCCGCACAAGCAGCGGCUUCUUUUCAUAUUUGUGUUGUUAUUUCUCAAGCUUUUCAUAUUUGGAUGUGUCUUACGAGAAGAACAUCAAUCUUUACACAUGGAAUAGGAAAUAUUGUGAGUGUUUUAAUUCAACUUUUCGUGUCUCAAAUGAAUAUAAUUUCAUUACAGGUUACGAUAUUCGCUGUAAUCAUCGAUCUUCUCUUAAUUUGUUUGUUCACUUUUGUACCUGGUGUCAAUACAAUAUUUGGUUCUCAACCUCCACCAUGGCAAACGUGGCUUGUUCCAAUUGUAGUUGGAAUUUGGAUAUGGAAAUUCAAUGAAGCGAGAAAGUAUAAAAUAAGAAAAAACCCAUCCGGAAAAUUUGCAAAAAUGUUAGGUUAUUGA